GGUCGGAGUCGUCUCGGCGCUCACCUCCAGGCGCUGCUCCGGUAGUGUGUCAAAAGUAGCUCUGGCCAGCCGCGUCAGUCCUCGCUACGGCUCAGCCUAGGUGCUCUGUGGCUCAGCGUACUCCCAACAGCCCACCAUCGGAAUGUGCUGAUUCUCCAUCACCUGUGUGCGUGACCGAAUUGUGGAGGUGAUAGCGUGGACCAUAGACGACCAGCUAUAUGACGGGGGCCGUGAGCGGUGGUGAUUCAGAUCGCCGGAGCUACGUCGAGCCUCCGAGUACGUCGAAGGGCUCGGCAGAGCAGCAACACUCUUCUUCGUCUUCUAGCCCCGCACAUGCAUCGUCCGGGGGCCGCAAGCUGACAUGGCGCUUGUAUGGCGGCUGUCGCGUUGGCUGGCGCUGGUACGUGGUCGUAUGCGCACUCUCCUGGCUGUGCUAUGUAAACGCACUCGGCUGUGGAUUUGUCUUUGAUGACGCAUCAGCUAUUCGGGACAACCGGGACUUGCGGCCUUCGACACCCAUUGGCAGGCUGUUUGUGAAUGAUUUCUGGGGAACGCCGAUCCACAAGGAGCAAAGCCACAAGUCCUACCGGCCACUAUGUGUGUUAACCUUCCGGCUCAACUACUGGCUGCAUGAGCUGCGGCCCAUAGGAUACCACAUGGGGAACGUGUUUCUUCACUCGCUCGUGGCCAUGCUUUUUCUCAGGGUCUGCUCCACCGCAGUGCCUCUGAAAGCGAGUGUGACUGCUGCUCUGCUUUUCGCCGUUCACCCAGUUCACACGGAAGCGGUGACUGGUGUGGUUGGCCGCGCUGAGUCUCUCUCAUCUGUUUUCUUCCUGCUCGCCUUCCUGGCCUAUGACCGAGCCAUCGGUGACAGCAAGCGCACUGAAUGGCAUUCGUUGGCGAUGUGUGUGGCCUUGGUGGUGUUGGCAACUCUCAGCAAAGAGCAAGGCAUUACUGUGGUUGCCAUCUGCUUUGUCUACGAGAUAUUCAUCGUUCAGCAGAUUCGCCCUAAUCAUGUGGUGCAAGUCCUUCGUUCUCUGCCGUGGAAGGCAGUAUGUGCUUCCCCAUCGUCGACCAAGUUGGCUUCCUCGUCGGCUAUGGUGUAUUGUGGCUGGCAGCGAGAAUGCUUGUUGCGCAUUGGGACGAUCUCUCUUAGUGCAUUCCUGUUGAUGGCCAUCCGACUGCAUAUCAUGGGUGCUCAGCUGCCUGUCUUCACCAAGUUUGACAACCCAGCAGCAGUUUCGGCCAGCCCUGUGCGCCAGCUAACAUUCCACUACCUGCCGGCGGUGAAUGUGUGGUUGCUUCUGUUUCCUCAUGCUCUUUGCUGUGACUGGACCAUGGGCAGCGUAGCCCUGGUGCGCACCUUAUCCGACCCUCGUAAUGCGGCCACCCUGUCACUGUACACCAUGCUGGCUGUCCUGGCCUACGUAGCUCUUCUCCCCACUCGCCGCCCGAACGAGCUCGUUCAUCAGAAUGUCAUCUUUCUGAGUCUGUCCCUGCUGGUGUUUCCAUUUCUGCCAGCUUCCAACCUAUUCUUCCCGGUGGGUUUUGUGAUAGCAGAACGUGUCUUAUACAUGCCUAGCAUGGGAUUCUGCCUCCUCGUGGCACAUGGCUGGCACCUCAUGCUCCAGAACUAUGCCGGCAGGCGGCUGACCAAGAAUUUCCUGUGGUUCGGCCUUCUCUGCCUCCUCACAGUGCACUCCUUGAAGACAUUUGUGCGAAAUUUUGAAUGGGAGUCCGAGUACAGCAUCUUUAUGGCGGGGCUCAAGGUGAACAGCCAGAAUGCCAAGUUGUACAACAAUGUGGGCCAUGCCCUGGAGGGACAGGGGGACUAUGCCCGAGCACUGGAGUAUUUCCUAAAAGCUGCCAGUGUGCAGCCCGAUGACAUUGGAGCUCACAUGAAUGUUGGCCGCACCUACAACAAUCUGCUGAUGUUUGAAGAAGCGGAGGCCGCCUUCAUCAAGGCAAAGGACUUGCUUCCUCGACCAAAAGCGGGCGAGCCCUACAAAGCAAGAAUUGCACCGAAUCAUCUUAAUGUCUUUCUCAAUUUGGCCAAUCUCAUAUCAAGAAAUACUUCACGUCUUGAAGAAGCCGAUGGGUUGUACCGCCAGGCAAUCAGUAUGCGUGUAGAUUAUAUUCAAGCAUAUAUCAACCGCGGAGAUAUUCUGAUCAAACUAAACAGGACCAAGGAAGCACAAGAGGUCUACGAGCAAGCCCUUUCCCUGGAUGCCACAAACCCUGACAUCUUUUACAAUCUAGGUGUUGUGAUUUUGGAGCAAGGCAGACCAGAUGAUGCCCUCAUGUACUUCAAUAAGGCCUUGGAGUUGGACCCUGAUCAUGAGCAAGCGCUGAUGAACUCUGCCAUUCUUAUUCAAGAGAGUGGAAACUCAAAGCUCCGUCAACUGGCAUUUGAAAGGUUGGAGCUGCUGCUUCACAAGGGCAAGGCCAAUGAGCGUGUCUACUUCAACCUGGGCAUGCUUUCCAUGGAUGACAAAAAGGUCGAAGAAGCAGAACAGUGGUUUCACUUGGCCAUACAAGUGAAGGAAGACUUCCGUAGUGCCUUGUUCAACCUUGCCCUCUUGCUGACGGACUCAAACCGGCCACUGGAGGCUGUUCCAUACCUUCAAAAGCUUCUUCAGUCUCACCCAGACCACGUUAAGGGACUCAUUCUUCUGGGUGACAUCUAUAUUAACCACAUGAAAGAUCUGGACAAUGCACAGCAGUGCUACGAACGCAUCCUGUCCCUGCAGCCUGACCAUGUUCAGGCACUGCACAACCUAUGCGUGGUACAAGUGGAAAGGGGUGCCCUGUUCCAGGCUGAAGCCUGCCUCCUGCGAGCACUGAAGCUGGCACCUGGCGAGAACUAUGUUGCCAAGCAUUUGGCCAUUGUGCGCAAUCGCAUACGCAGGUAUCAGGAACAUUUAAAAAAGGCCACCUCAAGAACGGCUACAUCAUCCUCUUUGAAGCAGGCGGCACACAGCUCCAGCAGGACGACGUGAAAGCAUGGUGGACAAUUCAUCCGUGCCAAAAGCCUGUAACCACUAUCUGUCUUUCCGUGAGUUUUUUUGGGAAUCAACUAGGUUACUGCGCGAUUUGGGGCAUGUGCUGAAAUUUUUUCAGUGGUAGGAGGGUUAAUGAUGAAUUUCGUUCCAUUCAGUCAUAUACCGAAUGCAUAAAGUGUAAAUAUUCAGUAUGCAUGCUUUGCAAGCACAUGUUUCACUGUUGCCGUUGAAAAUAAUGCCAUUCCAAGUGUUUUUUUAAGUUGCUGCAGUUGAGCCUGGUUUCAUUGUUGAUGAAAAAGUAACUAGUGCAUGCGAGUGGUGUGUGCAUUGUUUGAUACCCACGGUAAUCGAAUGCAAAGGAGGCAGCUGAAUCCAACGCAUAGUGCUGAUAAUUUUCCAAUGCUUUGUACAUUUAUCUAUCAAGGCACCUUGUUUUUUUAAUUCAUAUGUGUAAGAAGGGUACAGAUAAAUGUGGCUGCAAUCACACCUGCAACAAAUCUGUAAAAAGCUUAAAAACUGCGUGUCAUGGCAGACAUGUUUUCCUGUGAUUACCUAUAUGUGAAACAGGUUGUUGUUUUGACAGAAGGUGGUUGUUGUGGUUAAGGGAAGAGAAACUCACAUAAUGUCGCAGUAGACAGUCUUCAUUGAAAUCCAUCCACAUACUGAUAUUGUUUGUAUGUAGUUUUAAUCAUAAUGAUCGGCACCCUAUUUUUUUUUAAGUUAGCCAUCCUGUUCAUCAGUAUAGCAGCUUGCAUUACAUUCGCAAUGCCCAUAGCCUGUCACGCUGCCAAGCGGAAUUCAGGAGCGUCGUCUCCCGAGGAUGGUCAGAAUGCAGUCACUCCCCUGUGCUAACCUCAAUGUUAACAUGUUAGCAAAAAACGAACACUACCGGUUUUUCAUUUCCUGCAUCAGUAAGUAAACCGGAAUCUGAUUUCUUCUUGCGAGGCGCGAAGUUUUCGUAUUAGUACGUGGAGACUCAUGCUUACGGUGAUAGCUGACAGAGUACACAUAUCAGCUUCAUGCGGUUUUCUGUAGCCACGUAGGUUAGGAAAGUGUAAUUGUCUGACCCUUUCAGUUGAAGCUCACCUUCUUUUAUUUGCAUAUAGGCUUUUUGAGUGCUUUGUAGUACAAGAAUUCUAUAACAUUGUACGCGUAAAGUUGCAAGGGCUCGGGAUUCGCUCUUCGAGGAAAUCUGACUGAGCAAUCUCAAAUAGGCCAGCACUGCGAGGCUUGUCUUUGUACAUUUGUGGAUAGAUGGCAGCACACUGCAAGCGAUUUGCUCGUUGACGAGCUUCAGAGAUAAAUUGUCUAAAUGCUCACCAAUAUAGUCACGCGGUAUUGUUGGUGUUGCCGAAAUCGCUCGACGGAGGGGAUUCCUCAACUUAUUUCAGCAGGUAUGUUGAACGAAACCAACCUAAUGACGAGAAUUUUUCACUAAACGUAUAAAAGUUGUGAACGCAUCAAGAGUGACAGCGACAAUGAACGAUUAGCAGUUAACACUCAUGAGGAGCGAGUGCAAUUACUGUGAACGUUAUGGAGCGCCGCAUGCCAUCAACACGCUCGAGGAAAGCGAAAUGGUGAGACUCGUGCAGUUACGGCUACAAUCCACACCUCUUUGAUAACUUCUCCUGUACUACUGGUACCUUUCGAAUGGUGUUGUUGUUCAAUAAAUUUUUGCAAUUUCGAAGUUAGAAAAAGCAUAUGUGUGUAUUCUUUCCGAUACUCAUAUUUCGAUUGCGCUGAUCGAACAUGCAACAUUCGAAUGCUGUGAAUCGCGCAAGUGCUGGGAUGUUAGAUGCUUCUGUUUCAUUGAAUAAUCAACUCCAUGUUCCGGACAGUGCAGGUAUAAUGACGACGUAAUAUCUUUGCCAACCAUCACCACGUUGAACAUUCGAAGCCAUGAAACAGCAAUGGUGCUACUCGUUAGCAGCCUACUAGUGCUGCAAAUUCGUCAGGCAGGCUGGGUAUAUAGGACCUCGGAGGGCCAUUAAGUUCAUACAUAAGUUCUAGUUUGUGCAGUUUUCGGUAGCACGCACAGGGUUUCGCAAAGCGUCGUUCAUGCAUGGUAAUGGAGCUGAAAUAUAAUAUUUCACACCCCGGCGAAUAAACAAGUGGCGAGCUUCCAAGGUUUCAGAAAGUGUCUUAGGCCUCAUAUACAGUUCAGUGCAGCCUCAUGACUGUCUGGUGAAAGUUACACGGUCCGUGCGUCCACAUGUCCUAUAUGCUCCUAAGCUAGCAAACGAGCUGAACCUCCUUUGGGCGCCAUGUUAUUUUUGCAGUUAGCCACUUUUAGUUCUUGGGCAUCGUGAAUAGCGAGAUUAUUGAGAACAUAUCAUUGCAUUAACAACCUGUCAUUGCCAUGGUGAUUGUAUGCGAAGAAUGCAGAUGUGAAAACAGUGAAAAACAUGCACAGACAGUGCCUCCCCACAAGACAAACACUCUGGCUUAUCUUGUACAUUGUAAAUAAAUAAAGCAGUGUAGUCGCACUCACUAUAUUUUUGAGAAGUUGCCAUGUACACCGUGCGUGAGCUGUAGGAGAUAACAGUAAGUAGGCCGCUUAAUGCAAAGCUAGGUACAUGUAGCUUGUUAGUACAAUGUAUGUAUUUUGAGAAGUGACUCAUAUGCACAUUUGUGACCACAGUUGCUGUACAUAAAGUGUGCAGUUAGCAUCUCUUUAAGCUAGAAAAAUAAAAAGCAGGCACCUAAAGAGAAUUAUGAGUGUUCAUUGCAGUGAGGGGAACUUCAUUUGCCUAUACUUGGCACCACAUUGGCUUUACGACGAAAUGACUGCUGAAGUUUGGAUCUGUCAAAAAAAUUAAAUGGGGAUUUUUAAUGAAUAUUCUUGUUAGCAGACAUUUUUGCAUUGUUCUUUUUGUACAAAUAAAUUGCUGAGGAGGACGUGUCAUUCAUUGCCUCGCUUUGUAGAAACUUGAGAAUUUUUCUUUCUUCAGAAGCAGUAAGUUUAGGUUGUCACUAUGCAGUAUGUUGAGAAUUUUCCAUGUAAUAAACACGCCACAAAACUGUCCUGCAGUUGCUAUUAAUUUGGCGUCUUAGUCCUGACUGUGCAUUUUCUAUGUCUUACCUGUGGAGCAUUAUAUUAGAAUGCACAAAGUUGUGGGAUUGAGACACCAACAGAAGAGAAAUGUGGCCAGACACACGAAGUGUGAACUUACAACAGUUUUAUUUUUAAAAUUGUGUGAACUUUUAUACGCAUGGUACCGUCAUACUAUGGUUGUCCCGAGAGUUUACAUUACGCUUGUGCUCUACCACUCAACAGUGGCAUCCUUUUCGCAAGUGAGGCAAUGGACUCAUUGCUGAUGUCUCCUGUCUAGGGAUGUCUUGAGCUCCUAUUAUCAAUCGUUUUCUCCUAAUGUACUGUUAAACAUAAGCGUGCACUUGUAAUGCCUGCAGUUGAUGGCAAGCGGCAAAAUUAUCAAUAAAAACAUUUUUUGUCUGGAGAUAACCAGACUUUGCUGCAAAAACUA